UAACAGAAUCAACCUUACCAUACCCGCGAAUACACCGUCUCUCCGUCUUACAUAACCCCACCUUAAAGUCAUUCGACCGAAAUAAACAAGAACUCAGAACUUUGCGAGUCCGAUACAACACUUAGUUUCAGUCAAAGACCAAGUAAAAAAGUGCCAUCAAACAAUUUUCGAAUAUUAAAUGUUGCGUUGAUUGUGUUAAAUCCGGCUCGAAGGACCAUCUGUGCAUCUGUAUCUAGUUCUGAUGUUACGAAAUAGUGAUCGUUGAUUUGUUGUGUGAUACCCGAAAAUGGAAGGAAAAAUAUCGCAUAGCGGCUUGUUGGCGCGUAGUCCAGAGGGCCAUGCAGCUAGGGGGAUGCAGAUAAAGGGUAAUGAAGAUGUUUGGGUGGAAAUACAGGCUAACACUUUUAGGAAUUGGGUGAAUGAAUAUUUGCCGCAAAAUUUGAGGGUUGCUGAUCUGUCUCAGGACCUUGGGACAGGAGUCAGGUUGUGUGCCCUUGUGGAAGCCCUGCAAGGACGUCCAAUAAAACCUACAUGGAAUAAGAAACCAGCCAAUCAGCAUCAUUACCUUGAGAACGUUACAUGUGCUUUGAAUGCUAUAGAACAAGACGGAGUUAAGCUGGUUAAUAUUGGUAAUGUGGAUAUAGUGAAUGGAAACUUGAAACUUAUAUUGGGACUCAUUUGGUCACUCAUAGUCCGAUAUCAAAUAGGAAGAUCCAAAUUUCCACCUCGGAAAUUAAUGUUGAGCUGGCUGCAAGCUGUAUUACCAGAAUGCAAGGUUAAUAAUUUAACCACCGACUGGAACUCAGGAAUAUUACUCUCAGCUCUGGUAGAUUACUGCAGACCUGGGCUAUAUCCUCAUUGGAAAUCUUUAGAUAAAAAUAAUGGAAUUGAGAAUUGUCGCCGUGCCAUGGGAAUUGCUCAAAAGGACCUAGGAAUACCAGCUGUUUUAGAGCCAGAGUACUUGGCAUCUCCUUGGUUGGAUGAACUUUCUGGAAUGACUUAUUUAUCUUAUUUCAUGAAACCAGGUUCACCUGGUUUCCAUGCUACAUUGAAAUGGGUGAAUUCUAGAUUAGAAAGGAGAAUCAAUAAUUUCACUGAUGACUGGAAUGAUGGAAGAGUUGUAAAUGAAAUGGUCAGGUCCUUAGGUGGAUCUGCCCCACCUCCAGAAAAAUUGAGAAGUGAUCCAGUUUAUUGGGAGUCUAAUUGGCAGCAAGCUUUGGACGCAGGAAAAAAGAUGGGUGUCCAUCCAAUAUUAUCAGCCAAGGACUUAUCAGAUAAGCAUGUGGAACAUUUGGGUGUGAUGGCUUAUGCAGCCAAUUUCCAAUGGGUACCUGAACGACCUCCUUUACAUGAUCUCAUCAACGUAGCUUUAAAUUCAACGUCUGGUAGAGUUGGUGAACCGACACAUUUUCAAGUAGCUCUGCUGGAUUCUCAGCUAUCCUACUCUUCGAUAUCUGUUGACAUUCGUGGACCAGACAACAAGGUAUACAAAUUGAGAAACCUUAAUAAAGGCCAUGGAUCAUUUGUGCCAAACAAAAUAGGAGUUUAUGAAAUAAUCGUCAACUACGAUGGGGAAGAAGCUAUUAGUGGCCAUCACUUCAGAGUGUUACCAGCUCUUGUUGAAGUUGCGCCACCUGGUAUGGCACCAUGUGCCUUGGGCUCUUUGGUUCAGGUUUUGGUGAACACAACAGGACAUCCUAAAAGAGAGGAUAUUCUUGUUACUGCCUAUAGUCCAUCAGGAAGGCCACUCAAUUGUCCAUUGACCACUAUUGAUGAAACAAAUAGUGCAACAUUCAAACCAGAUGAGGCUGGAGAAUGGAGGAUAGAGAUAACUUACCAGGGGAAACAAAUUCAGGGUGGUCCUUUCACAUGUUCUGUGUUCGAUCCAAAUGGAAUCCAAAUUCACAACCUCGAAGGAGCUCUUCCUCUUGUACCACACAGUAUCGACCUGGAUUGCAGGAGGGUUGGAGUCCCUGGAGAAGUUUUUGCAGAUAUAGUGCACGACAAAAAGUCAGUGCACUGUAGAUUAGAAAAAGUUGACGAAGAAGGUUUCCAUUAUAGAAUUCAUUUCACACCUUUGGAUGCAGGAAAACAUAGGGUUUACGUCUAUUUCAACGGAUACGACGUGAAAGGCUCUCCUUUUAUGAUGAGGGUUGGAACACAAAAACGCCAUAAAAGCAACUCUAGUCCAAAUACUACAUACAGGCAAAGUCCAACAGGAGCAAGGUUGUCAAGUUCAAGUCCUAUCAAUGUUCAACACUUGACAGCACUGAACACUUCGAGAAAUGCCAGUUACACACAUUACCGUGAAAAUUCUAGUCCUAUCCCGAGUGAUACACAUAAAUAUGCUCAAGAACAUCACAAGAAAUCUGUGAUGGAAAGACAGAUGAUGACUUCGCAUUCACCAAGAGCUCAAAGUCCUUCAUAUGUUCAUAGAUCACAGAGUCCAAGUUAUACUCAACAGAGAAACCACACAACCAUAGGCAGAGACAGUCCCGAUUACAUAACAAGCAAAAAACUGAACGAAAGACGUUUCGACACAUCGAGUCCAAGCUUUGCCAAGAAAUCCAGCGAAUUGGACAACUACACCACCAACAAAAUGUCCUCGAUGUAUAUCAGCGAGUCGAGAAGUCCAAAACUAGAGCGAACAAGUCCUGACGUAUCCUACAACACCAGAUACGACAAGAACUUCUCUGAAGUACGCACUUACAACACCAGUUAUGACCAUAGAAACGAAGUUGGUGUCGACACCUCCCCAAUAAUCAAAGUUUCUUCUGUGAACGAUCAUGAAGGCACAUCCAGACGAGACUUGUGGGACGUCAUGAAUAAAACAAGAAACGUUUUAUCGGAACGUAGCUUGGAAUCCUUGGCUAACUUGACUGAGGCCCAGCUGAACACUGAAUUGAACAGGAGAAGAGCGGAGGAAAGCUCUAGAUAUGUCACAGAGAGGAAUUAUUCGAGUCAGAAUUAUCACCAGAAUUACAAUUCUGAACAGUAUGGUAGAAGAUCUCCUGUUUACAGGACCUCAUCGAAGGGAAUGGGAGCUAUAGCUGUGAAGGUGCAACCAGUGCCUGAUGGGGUUUUGGGCCAACCUGUUGAAUUCGAGAUUGAUGGUAGUGGUGCUGGGUCUGGAGAUCUGGAAAUACUUGUGGAAGGAGGGCGUGUCACAUCCAGUGUCAGGAGCUUAGGGGGCCAACGUUUUAAAGCUGCGUUCACGCCACAUCAGGCACUACCACAUAGGGUGGACAUAAAAUUUAAUGGUGAAACGGUACCUGGGAGUCCCUGGCACGUGAACAUAAUGUCCACAUCCAACAUAUCUAUCAUCGGUGAAACAGUCAGAUUGGUCCCUGCAAACACCUCUGCUGUCUUCGAGAUCAUAACAAACACAAAUGUUGCCCCAGAUGACCUCGUAGUCCAUGUCAUAUCUCCGAGCAAAAGAGCUCUGCAAGCCCGUGUCCUGCCUGGAAACAGGACAGGGGUGCAAAGUGUAGAAUUCGUACCGACUGAGGUCGGUACUCACCUCAUUGAGGUAUCUGUGAAUGGAGAAAAACUGCCUUCAGGCCCUCUGGUGGCUAAGGUUUACGAUGCUGGGCUUAUACAGGUUGCAGAUGUCAGUGGAGGUGUUGUGGGACAACCUGUUCAGUUCAGAGUGGAUGCCAGUCAAGCGGGAGAAGGACAACUCGAAAUAUCAAUAAACGAAGGAGAAGUUCCAAACCACGUGCAAGUAGUAGGUGGAGGCAGAUGUCUGGUCUCUUUCACACCAGAUCAAGUCAAACCACACCUCAUAGACAUCAAAUUCAAUGGAGAAACAGUUCGAGGCUGCCCGUUUGUAUGCACAGUCACUGACACAAGCAGAGUCACUCUGAACUUAAACCAUCUCGAACUUAUCCCAGUAAAUCAACCCAGCUCUUUCCACAUGGGAGUUGCUGGAGGUGGAGCAGCUGAAUUAGCUGUGGCUGUAAGGAGUCCACACGGUGAACUGCCGGUGAAGGUUACUGGAGACAUACACUCUGGAUUCACAGCAGAGUUCACCCCUGUUCAAGUUGGAGCUCACCAAAUAAGCGUAGAAUACAAUGGAAGACCAGUUCAAGGAACUCCGUUCUUAUCCAAAGCUUUCGACUCUAAUAGAGUGACUGUUGGCACUGUCGCUAGAGGAAUUGUUGGCAGGCCUGUCACUUUCUCGGUGGACGCCAGCGAAGCUGGAGAAGGAAAUCUGGAGAUAACCAUAUCAGCUAGAGGUCUCAAUAUACCAACUCAGGUUCAUCCACAGGGGAAUGCAAGAUUCGCUGUCAGCUUUGUCCCUGGCGAAGCUUGCGAUCAUGUGGUGAACGUGGCUUUCAAUAAAAGGCCUGUGGUUGGUUGUCCCCUGAUUGUGGGAGUUGGAGGAGGUGGCUCUGGUCCUAGCGUUACACUUCCUGGACCUGGCCCUGUGCACAAGUCUAGUACUCUGUUGAUAAACCAUCCAGGAAAAUUGGAGGAUAUAGAAGUUAACGUUGAGGGACCUGGGGGACAAGCAAUACCUACCCACGUUCAGUCGAUAGGUAAUGGCCAGUUCAGAGCUGAAUUCACCCCAAGAGUCGUUGGAGAACAUCGUAUAAAUGUAUCAGUAAACGAUGUCCCCACUGUUGGAAGCCCAUAUGCUGCCAAGGUUUAUGAUGUUCAGGCUAUCAGAGUCAAAGAACCUGGAAGUGGAGUGGUUGGGAAGCCUAUCACCUUCUUGGUGGAAACCAGCCAAGCAGGUCCUGGAAACCUUGAAGUCACUGUGAAUGGUGGCAGAGUUCCUACUUCAGCUCAAGCACAAGGUCCACACACUUAUGCCAUCUCUUUCACUCCGAGAGAAGCAACAACUCAUUCUGUGGAUCUCCGUUUCAAUGGCCAAGAUGUACCUGGCAGCCCCUUUAAGUGUCUCGUGGCUCCAGCUGCCAGAGUUCUUGCUCCUGAAACUUUGGACAAGAUAUCAGUCGGUAAAACUUGCAUGUUCAGUGUCGAGAGUUCGAAUCCUCCGACCGUCGAAAUUUUAGGACCUGCCAGAAGGCAAAUACCAGCCCAGGUAUUGCCUCAAGCAGGUCAUCCAGGUAAAUUCGAAAUCACCUUUUCGCCCAUAGACGUGGGGGAUCAUAGCGUGGAGGUGAAAUUGCCAGGGGGUCACGUGGAGGGAAGUCCUUUCUUAGUGAAGGCCUAUGAUGCCAACAGAGUAACAGUGACAGACAUCAACGACGGGAUCGUUGGUAAACCUGUAUCAUUCAGUAUAAACGCAUCGCAAGCUGGUGCUGGUAAUUUGGAGAUUAUCGUUGCUGUAGCUGGUAGAAAUGUUCCCAAUUUCGUUCAGAGCGAAGGGAACGCAAGAUUCAAAGUUAAUUUCAAACCUACGGAAGCUGCAACGCAUACUCUGAGCGUGAGGUUUAACGGUCACCCGGUUCCUGGUUCACCUUUCAACUGUAAAGUUUUGCCAGGUAACACUCAACCAAGGGUUCCAGUAUCUGGGUCUGGAAUCGAAAUGGCAGCAGUUGGCCAUACUGCAGAAAUAAGAAUUGAAGGAGUUACUGGACACGAACCACAAGUAAUAACCACAGCACCUAAUGGGAAAAUCAUCCCAGUGAAACUAAUCUCAGCAGUAGAUUCCCAUGUUGCCAAAUUCGUCCCGGAAGUAGUAGGACGUCACUCAGUUGCGAUCCUCAUCAAUGAUCAACACGUCAUUGGUUCACCCUUCAGUUGCAACGUAUACGACGUCAAUAAAGUAAUCGUAUCCGGACUACCAGGCAUAAAAGCAACAGACAUCGCUAAAGUUAUAACUGACCUCAGCUUAAGAGAUAUGGAAACCGUUGAGCUUGGAAAGCCUGUUACUUUCAGUGUGGACGCCGCGCAAGCUGGGGAGGGUACUCUUGAACUAGUGGUUUCUACACAGCACACUACAAUCAAGGCAGAAGUAGUUGCUUGUGCGAGAGGCCUGUAUGAUGUCACUUUUGUUCCACAAACUGCCGAAGAGCACUUCGUGAAUAUAACCUUCAAUGAGAUGUCUGUUAUUGGAAGUCCAUUCCAUUGCUCAGUUGUUGAAGUUAUGCAGUCGGUUCAAAACGGUUCGAUCGCUUUUAUUGAUUUACCUUCCGAGAAUCACAAAUUAGAAAUAUCGGACCCCAACGAUCGUCUCGUAAAAUAUACUGUGAACAACUCCAAGGGUGAAUUCACAGUAACCCAUGUCGGUACUUACAAAGUCGUAAUCUUCAGAGCACAUGAAAUUUUUGCAACACGAUCAAUCAACGUAUUUGAUACUUCUAAAAUCGAAGUAAUAGGUCUACCGGAAGCUGUAUGUCAUCGUCCAGCAGUUAUAGCAUUGAACCUGGCCAAGGUAGGAACAGGAAAUCUAACAGCUGUUGUCAAAGUCGCCAACAAGGAUGUUGCUCAUAGUGUCAGGCAAUCCGUCAACAAUCCUAAUAUUUGGGAAAUUGUAUUCCACCCAAUGUGCUCAGCUCCACAUCGAGUAGCUCUAUACUUCAACGAUAUUCCAAAAUUCAACGUCAUUGAAGUCCCUGUCAAGGGACCAGGCACAGAACCAUGGGCUGGUGGAAUUGGUCUGUAUCAAGCCAGAGUUGGUAAAGUUACUCAAUUCAACAUCGAUACUUUGGGACGUAUGGCAAGAGAAUUUGAUGUCGUUAUAAGUGGACCAAACGGUACUGCUGUGCCUGUUAGAUGUUAUCAGACUAAAACUGGAAAGCUACAAGCUGAAUUCACAGCUCGGGAGAGCGGACCUCAUAAAAUAGAGGUACUUCAUCAAGCUAAAUCACUUAAUGGUAGUCCGUUUACUUGCCAAGCCUUUGAUUUGGAUGUUGUGAAGAUAACAGAUAUUCCCAGCACUCAAGGAAAUGUAGGAGAAGCUGUGCAGUUCAAUAUAUCUACCAAGAGAGCUGGAAAUGCAGAAUUGGAUGUUCAAGUAACCAACCCUACUGGAUUAUUCCUACCUGUGACAGAGACAGAACUUGAGGAUGAUCUAACCCAAAUCUCCUUCCUUCCAUCGAUACCUGGACUUUACCAAGUCACGGUUUCUUAUGGUGGUCUUCCAGUUAGAGGAUCUCCUCUUGCAUUGGGAGUAGGGCCCGUAGGACCAACACCUCCUCCCAGAGCUGUUGGUAAAGGCCUGGAGAGGGGUUUGGUGGGUGAAAGAACUUCCUUCACUAUUACGAGUCCAGUUCAACCAAGAGUGCAGGUUGAAGCUGUUGAGGGUAUUAUUGAAGCUCAUAUCCAGAGUCCUAAACCGGGAGAAUACAUAGUGUCCUACACUCCGAAAUGGGUGGGAAUCUAUGAUAUUAUUGUUAGCAUUGGAGCUAAUGAUCUCGCAGGAUCGCCGUUCAGACCUAAGAUCAUAAAUCCCUCAGCAGUGAGAGUGAUAGGAGGCUGGGACCAGUAUCUAGACGACAGCGGAAGAAUAAGGCUACCAACCAAGAUAGCGUUCGAUAUUGCUAAUGCCGGUCCUGGAAAUCUGGAACUGAAGAUUGAUGGCAGAAAGAUUACAGGAGAAAAAUCAGGAACCAGAUACAGGUUCGACAUAUCCGGAGAAGGUUUCAAUUCUGGAGAACAUGAUUUCGAGGUGCACUUUGAGAAUAUUCCACUUCCUGAUUCACCGAAAGGAGUUAUUUGCUUGGGUGACCAAGUAGUUUUGACUGGAAGAGGUUUGGCACAGGCGCAAUGCGGUGAACCCGCAGUGUUUACCAUUGAUGGAUCAAAAUCGAGUAGUGGUAACCCUGAAGUAACGCUUCAUGCUGCCGAUACAAACAUACCAGUGCCUGUUAUGAUUUCAUUAGCUGGUGAAAAAAUAUGGAGAGCCACCUAUACCUUAAAUUCGCCAGGAAAUUACCUUCUGAGUGUUCUAUGGGCUGGCAGACCUGUCAAGGGAUGCCCAUUGAUGGUCGAAGCCAAGGGAGGGUCUGAUGCCUCCAAGGUGUUAUGCUCUGGCGAAGGCCUGAGACAAGGAGUUGUUGGUAGAGAAAUCAGAUCUUGGAUUGACACAAGGAGAGCUGGUCCAGGUGAACUAACAGCUCAUUGCUCCGGACCAAGAAAGGUUGCGUAUUGCGAACUAUAUGAUCAUGGUGACGCCACCUUCACGUUGAAUGUUAAACCCCAAGAGCCAGGCAGACACGCUUUGACUAUCAAAUAUGCUGGUCAACAUGUACCUGGUUCACCAUUCACACUUAGGGUCUCUGGUGCACCUGAUGCCAGCAAGGUGAGAGUUUAUGGUCCUGGAAUAGAACAUGGUGUUUUGGCUACGUUCCAGUCAAGAUUUAUCUGUGAUACAAGAGGAGCAGGUGCAGGUCAACUCACGGUUAGAGUAAGAGGACCUAAAGGGGCAUUCAGAGUUGAAAUGCAAAGGGAAAGUCAGAAGGAUAGAACUAUACUCUGUAAGUUCGAUCCUACUGAGCCAGGAGAUUACAGAGUAGAGGUGAAAUGGGCAGGUGAACUUGUUCCUGGAUCUCCAUUCCACGUGAUGAUUUUCGAUACACAAGAAGAACUCCGGAGGUAUAUAAACUCGUUAUAAGAUUGAAGAAAACAAAAAUUAUAUUGGUUUAACUUAUUUAUUUCCGUCCAUGUCAGUACGUACUUAAUUUUUAUGGAAUAAUUUGUUUGUAUAUAUGUAUUUCUUAAAUUUUUGUUAACUUGAACUUCGAUGAUAACGUUGAUAUCAAGACAUAUUUUAAUAUUUUAUGUUGAAUAAAAACUAUAACUGAAAUAAGAUUAUAAUAUAUUAGAGACAAAGUUGGCUAAUAAAACGAUCUUUUAUGUUUUAA